AUGGAAAACGUAGAGAAGCUCCAAUUUCCAGUUUUAGACAUCACUGGUACCAACUACAUUUCAUGGGUUACAAAUGUUGAACUUCAUCUUGAAUCUCUUGGUCUAUCCCAGACCGUUAAAGAGAAUAAUACUUCAACUCCUCAAGAAAAGGCUAAAUCGGUGAUCUUCCUUAGAAGACACCUUGAUGAAAGUAUUAUUUAUGACUAUGCCAACAUGAGAGACCCUAAAGAGCUAUGGAAGUCUCUGAAAGAUCGUUUUGAUCAUCAGAAAGACAUAACACUUCCACUUGCUCGGGAUGAAUGGCAGAGUCUGAGAUUUCAAGAUUUCGACAAAGUGAUGAAUUACAAUUCUGCUGUGUUAGGAAUUGUGGCUAAAUUGAGAUACUGUGGUGAAACGAUCACCGAAUCUCAAAUGCUUGAGAAGACAUACACCACAUUCCACAAGAGCCACAUCACCCUGCAACAACAGUACAGGUUGCGGGGAUAUAACAAAUUUUCAGAAUUGAUUGUAGCUCUUCUCAUAGCAGAAAAGAACAAUGAGCUUCUGAUCAAGAAUCACAUGACCCGUCCAACUGGUUCUAAACCGUUUCCUGAAGCAAACGCAUUAGAUGCGAAGAAACCACUAAAGGAAAAUAAUACCUUUCGGGCUCGCGGUCGUCAAAACUACCGUGGACGAUGA